UUCCCGUCAGUAUUAGGUAGCAAGAAAUGCUGAUUCAAUACAGGGAACAAGCUUCUGUAACUACCUCAGUCAAGUGCUUUUAUACAGGAGAGAUUUGAUAUGUCAGUUACAAUCCAAAUAUACAGCGAGGAAAAAAAAUGCAGAGAAAACGUAAAUUUCAGGAUAACGAUUCUUACAAAGAAAAACAGGAAGAUGAAGAUAAAUUGAAACGCGCAGUGAAAGAUGGUGAUGAAACAGCUGUCAGAAGGCUAGUGAAAGGAGGUGUUCUUGCUAUUCGACAGCAAAAACUCUGGUUUGGUGGAACUAUUUUACAUGAUGCUGUAGCUGGUGGUAAAUUGUCUAUUAUAAAAUUACUCCUCCAAGCAAAAGCUGAUGUGAAUGCUAAAACUAAAGACAACAGAACAUGUUUACAUGUAGCAUCAAGAAUGGGCCAUACUGGGAAUACAGAUAUUGUAAAAGAAUUGCUGAACUAUGGAGCAGAAGUUAAUGUUCAAACUUUGGAUAGAAGAACAGCCUUACAUUUUGCUACGUGGCGAGGCAAUACAGAUAUUGUUCAGGAGUUAGUCAAUCAUGGAGCCAAUGUUAAUUUACAAGAUGAGGAUCUCUGGGCACCUCUGUACUGGGCAGCUAAAUUGAACUAUAUACAGAUUGCCAAAAUACUGGUUGAGAAUGGAGCAGAUUUGAACUGUGCCAAUGCUAUGGAACAAUGUCCUCUUCAUGAAGUUCUGAAGAAUGGUCACGCUGAGCUGGCAAGGUAUCUGAUCUCUGAAGGUGCCAUGGUUACUGGGAAAAUCAAGGGAGUCUUCCAGUGUAUGAUCGAUAACAAGGAUAUAAAAACUGAGGACAGAAUUUCUCUUUGUGAUAUUUUUAUAGAAGCUGGAUAUCCAAUCCAUAGCAAUUCAAGUUUACCUCAAAUUUUAUCAAGGAAACCACACAUAGACCAAAACUUUGUCAAACAUGUUCAAACACAACAGCUUGAGGUUUUGACUUUAAAAUCUUUGUGUAGAAUAUGUGUGAGAAAGGAACUUAUUAAAAAGACAAAUGGAUGUUCAAUUAGAGGGAAGCUUUCACAACUGCCAUUACCGAAACUGUUACAGAAUUAUAUUAUUUUAUGACCUUUGUUAUUGUAAUUCUUUUUUCAUCAAAAUUUAUGAAGUUUAUGUUUUUAUUUUCAGCUCUUUAUUAUAUAAAAAUAUCAUCCAAAAGUCACAUUAUAAAGUUUAGUCAGAUAUUUUAUGUUGUUAAUUUGCUGAAAAAUGAUGAUUUUACUCUUUUCCAUUCAUUUGAUUGUUUCUCGAUUCAAAACUUGUUCAGAAUUUUAUAUGUGCACUUAUGAAUUUUAAUAACACACAUUCAAGGAAUGACUGUCAUAUUUUUUCUGUAUUCUUAUGAUAAAGUCAGUAUAAAAUAUGCCUUAUUCUGUAUUUAUCCUGUAAUUGGGUAUCAUUUAUCACUCAACAAUCAUGACACUGAUACAUGCAUCACUCAAAGGUUCACCCACACAAAAUCAUGAAUACAUAAUGUUAAACAAUGUUUUAUUAUUGUUAGUUAUUAUUAAAUUUAAUUGUUAUGUUACAAUAAAUAAUUAUUUACCUA